AUGUAUGCGAUGUCUAUUAGUGGAGAGGGUGCUCAGUACUUGCGUGUUCCGCCCGACCCGGGCAUUCAGGCCAGUCCGGCUGCCGCUCUAGGUGCUAGUGCGUCCCCUCCCGCAGGUCCUGGUGAGGCUGCUGCCCUAGGUGCUAGUGCGUCUGUGCCCCCCGGUACUGAGUCGACUGCAGCACUGCACACCUUCACACUGGACUCCGGUGCUUCUCGCUCUUUCUUUCGUGACCGCACUGUCCUUGAGCCCCUCGCUCGGCCAGUUGCUGUCUCCCUUGCUGACCCCUCUGGGGGUCCGGUCAUUGCGACCUCCUCCACUGUCCUUCCUUGUCCGGCGGUCCCGUCCGGCACGCUGUCAGGUCUCUACCUCCCCUCGUUCUCUACGAACUUGGUGGCAGGUAGUGCGCUCCAGGACGGGGGUGUUCACCAGUUCACCCCUGCCUACGAGCGCGUGACACACUGCACGUGUGCUCGGACGGGUCGCCACCUGGCUACCUUCACUCGGGAGCCGGGGUCGGACCUUUACACACUGACCACUGUGUCCCCUCAGGUAGCUGCGUCUGCGUCUGCGUCUACGUCAGGUCAGCUGUCCGCCCCCUGCUCGUGUCGCUCUCUGGCACAUGAGACUGUCCUUUGGCACCACCGCCUUGGUCACCCGUCUGUGCAGCGCCUUCGGGCCAUGCACCAGCGGGACCUUGUUGCUGGUCUUCCCAGGGUGCUCCCUCCCCUUCCCGACUCGCCUGCUCCUCCCUGUAUUCCCUGUGUCGAGGGACGGCAGCGCGCCGCUCCUCACUCCUCCUCCUUUCCCCCGACGACUGCUCCCUUACAGACGCUCCACAUGGACGUGUGGGGCCCAGCCCGCGUCCGUGGUCAGGGUCAGGAGAGGUACUUCCUGAUUCUUGUUGACGACUUCUCGCGCUACACCACGGUCUUCCCCUUGCGCGCCAAGGGUGACGUCCCUGAUGUCUUGAUCCCUUGGAUCCGCAGAUCUCGUCUCCAGCUCCGUGAGCGUUUCCGCUCCGACUUCCCUGUCCUGCGUCUGCACUCUGACAGAGGUGGGGAGUUCUCCUCUGGCCUAUUGGAGGCCUUCUGUCAGCAGGAGGGCAUUGCGCAGUCGUACACGCUUCCGGACUCUCCACAGCAGAAUGGGGUUGCUGAGCGCCGCAUUGGUCUGGUCAUGGAGGUCGCUCGUACCUCCUUGAGCCAUGCAGCUGCCCCCCAUUUUCUGUGGCCGUUUGCAGUCCGAUACGCUGCGCAUCAGCUCAACCUCUGGCCCCGUGUCUCCUUGCCCGAGACUUCUCCGACACUACGUUGGACGGGAGAGGCUGGCGAUGCGUCGCGUUUUCGGGUCUGGGGAUCCCGAGCUUUUGUCCGCGACACGUCCGCGGACAAGCUCUCCCGUCGCGCUGUCCCCUGCGUCUUCCUUGGCUUUGUCCCGGACGCCCCUGGUUGGCAGUUCUACCACCCCACCUCGCGGCGUGUCCUGGCCUCUCAGGACGUCACUUUUGACGAGUCCGUCCCCUACUACCGCCUCUUCCCCUACCGCACUGCCCCGCUCCCCCCCCCGCCUCUCUUCCUCGCUCCAGGUGCUGAGCCUGGGGGUGCUGCGUCUGGGGGUGCUGAGCCUGGGGGUGCUGCGUCUGGGGGUGCUGAGCCUGGGAGUGCUGAGUCUGGGGGUGCGGAGCCUGGGGGUGCUGAGCCUGGAGGUGCGGAGCCUGGAGGUGCUGAGUCUGGGGGUACUGAGUCUGGGGGUGCUGAGUCUGGGGGUGCUGAGCCUGAGCGUGCUCCACCUGGAGGAGCUCUCUCCUCCCAGCAGCUGCAGGAGAGGUAUCUCGAGUACUGCCGCCUCCGGAGAGGUGCUUCUGGAGCUCGUCCCGGUACUUCCCCUCCUUCCCAGGAGCUCCCCCCCAUUCAGGUGAUCCGCGAGUGGUACACGCGGCGCUGCAGUCUUCGUAGUGGUGCUCCUGGUGCUGCGGACCCGAGCGGUGGUGCUGUUGCUGGUGCUGAGGACCCGGACGCUGGAGCUGCUGCUGGUGCUGAGGACCCGGGCGUUGGAGCUGCUGCUGGUGCUGAGGACCCGACCGGUGGCGCUGCUGCUGGUGCUGAGGACCUGACCGGUGGCCCUGCUGCUGGUGCUGAGGACCCGGGCGUUGGAGCUGCUGCUGGUGCUGAGGACCCGACCGGUGGCGCUGCUGCUGGUACUGAGGACUCGGGCGCUGGAGCUCCUACUGGUGCUGUGGACCCGGGCGUUGGAGCUGCUGCUGGUGCUGAGGACUCGGGCGUUGGGGCUGCCACUGGUGUCCCUGCUGCUUCUGGAGACGCUGCGCGGCCGCGACCGUACUUCGUACCGCUCCUUCAGCAGGUUCUUGGUCAGGCUCCUCCUCCUAGUCCUCCUCCCUCCGUCGAGUGUCCUCUGCCUGUCCAGCCGCAGUCCCAGUUACCGCCUGCCUCGCCUCUCCCUGCUCCCUCUCCUUACGCUGGUCCCACAGGAGGUCUUACAGAGCGUCGUGAGCCUGAGUCUCGUCCUGCGUCGCCUGUUCGUACUGCUCGCACUGGUCGUCGUGUCCCACGUGAGCGUCCUCCUCCUGUCCCUGGCACUCACUACAUGACUCUGCGUCCCUCCACUGCUCCGCAGCGUGUCCCGCUGCCGUCUCCUCCUGCGUCCUCUCUUCCUACUCUUCCUGACCCGGAGUCUGACUCCCGUCGUGCUGCCAGUCCCACUGUUACGCGUCUCCUCGCUACAGUUGUCACUGACCCGACCUUUGAGUCCUCUGCUGCGUCUGCUCUGGUCGCUGAGUUGGUUGACUUUGCUGCUCGCUGUCGCCUAGACUACGCUGCCAGCCUUGUCGCUGAGUCUGAGUCUGCGUCUACCUGUCCUCCGUCCGUCGGGGGUGAGUGUGCCCUCGGCACGGACGUCCUUGAGGACAGACAGGAGGAGUUCCACUGCCUUGCUGCUGCUUUGCCCCGUCUCGUGUCCUUGCUAGUUGCCCCUGAGGGAGACCCGGAUGCACCAGACAUCCCGACCCCACGCUCUUACGCUGAGGCGAUGGCGGGUCCCUACUCCUCUCAGUGGCAGACAGCCAUGGACGCAGAGAUGGCUUCCUGGAAGUCCACAGGCACCUACGUCGACGAGGUUCCCCCUCCUGGGGCGAACAUCGUCAGUGGCAUGUGGAUUUUCAGGGUGAAGCGGCCGCCGGGUUCUCCGCCUGUCUUCAAGGCGCGUUACGUGGCUCGAGGCUUCAGUCAGCGAGAGGGAGUAGACUUCUUUCAGACCUUCUCCCCCACCCCGAAGAUGACCACUCUUCGGGUGCUACUGCACAUAGCCGCUCACCUUCCUCCUGGCACCCAGUGGAGGCUUCAGCGGCCGGUCUACGGUCUCCGCCAGGCACCACGUGAGUGGCACGACACACUGAGGACGACACUUGCGGCUCUUGGGUUCGCUCCUUCUACUGCUGACCCGUCGCUGUUUCUACGCACCGACACCUCGCUACCGCCGUUCUACAUCCUCGUGUACGUCGACGACUUGGUCUUUGCCACUGCUGACACCGCGGCACUCGCCCACGUGAAGUCGGAGCUGCAGAGGAGACACACGUGCACAGACCUGGGUGAGCUGACAAGCUAUCUUGGCUUGCGGAUCACCCGGGACAGAGCACGGCGCACCAUCACCCUGACUCAGUCACACAUGGUGCAGCAGGUUCUCCAGCGCUUUGGCUUCACGUACUCCUCGCCUCAGUCCACUCCUCUGCCUACCGGUCACUCGCUCUCAGCUCUGCCUUCGGAUGAGUCCGUAGAGCCGAGUGGCCCGUAUCCAGAGCUUGUGGGCUGCCUCAUGUACCUGAUGACCUGCACUCGACCUGACCUUGCAUACCCUCUUAGCAUCCUUGCACGCUAUGUCGCUCCUGGCCGUCACAGGAAGGAGCACAUGGAUGCCGCUAAGAGGGUGUUGCGCUACUUGUGCAGUACGUCGGGCAUGGGGCUUGUGCUUGGAGGACGAGACCGAGUUGUUCUCACAGGGCACUCAGACGCUUCUUGGGCAGACGACCAGGCCACUCAGCGGUCGUCUCAGGGUUACACCUUCAGCCUUGGCUCUGGCUCAGUUUCUUGGCGCUCUACACGCUCUUCUUCUGUUCUCGGCUCCAGUUGCGAGGCUGAGAUCUACGCUACAGCCAUGGCUGCCCAGGAGCUACGCUGGCUGACCUACCUGCUGACCGACCUCGGAGAGCCGCCUCGUUCUCCUCCAGUCCUGUACGUCGACAACAAGGCUGCCAUUGCCUUGUGUGAGGAGCACAGACUGGAGCACAGAACGAAGCACAUCGCCCUGCGGUACUUCCUUGCUCGUGAGCUGCAGCAGCGCGGUCAGCUUUGUAUUCGCUACGUGGCCACUGAGGCCAACACUGCUGAUGUGUUCACCAAGGCGCUUCAGCCUCGUGACCAUCAGCGCUUUUGCACUCUACUAGGCCUUGUGCCUACUGGACCUCACUUACUUACCUCUUGA